CGCUGGGGUCGCCAUCUUGCUCUCGCCGAAGCAGCCCUGAAGCAGGAGUAAUGGCCGUUGCGGCUGCCGCCAUGCUGUCAUUGCCUCUGAGGGUGGCGGUGGUGUGCUCCAGCAACCAGAACCGAAGCAUGGAGGCGCACAACAUCCUCAACAAACGAGGAUUCAGGGUCCGGUCCUUUGGAACAGGAGCUCACGUGAAGCUUCCAGGACCAGCACCUGACAAGCCAAACAUUUAUGAUUUCAAAACCACCUAUGAGCAGAUGUACAACGACCUCGCUAGCAAAGACAAGGAUUUCUAUACGCAGAACGGCAUUUUACACAUGUUGGAUAGAAAUAAGAGGAUCAAGCCCCAUCCAGAAAGGUUCCAGGAUUGCAAAGAUGUGUUUGAUCUGAUCAUCACCUGUGAAGAGCGAGUGUACGACCACGUGAUGGAAGAUAUGAAUUCCAGGGAGCAGGAGACCUACCAGCCCGUGCACGUGAUCAACGUAGACAUCCAGGACAACCUCGAGGAGGCCACCCUGGGCGCGUUCCUCAUCUGUGAGCUCUGCCAGUGCAUCCAGCAAAUGGACGACAUGGAGAAUGACAUUGACGAGCUGCUGCAGGAGUUCGAGGAGACGAGCGGCAAGACCUUCCUGCACACCGUCUGCUUCUACUGA